UCUCCAUCCUCUAAUACACAGCUUAAGAAUCAGAUCUCUCUACUUUUUCUCUUGUGAUUUCAAUCAUGUCUCUUCAAACCAGUGUGGAGAAAAUUGAUUUCCCUGUUAUUGAUAUUUCACAGUUUCCCUAUGAAUUUGAUGGUGAAGAUUUAAAUCAUCUGGAAGAUCUUGAAUUGAUUUGGAAAGUGAGAGAAGCUUGCAAAGAAUGGGGAUUUUUCUUCAUUGUGAACCAUGGAAUUCCAGAAGAUCUUUUGGAAGAUGCCAUGUCUCAAAUCCAGCAAUUAUGUGCAAUGCCUGCUGAAGUUAAAGCAAGAGUCAGCACCUCUUCUUACAGAGCUCUUCCGCCAUGGAAUUUAAGCUUUGAUCUCCACAACUUGCCUCAUUUAGAUUCAGUCCAACAAAUGUCUAAUAAAGUAUGGCCUCAAGAUGGAAACCCUAAUUUCUGCGAGAAGAUUGGAACAUACGGCAUGAGGAUGCAUGAUCUGUCAAGAAAGAUUACUAAAAUUAUUCUUGCCAGCUUGGGCUUAGAUUUCAGCACUUUUUUCCAUUCUGAUUUUGAAAAGUGCACAAGCAGCAUACGAAUAAACUCCUACUCAUCUAAUGGAAAUUCUAUGGAGGAGGAGAUUCUGCACUCCCAUACAGAUACUGGUUGCUUUACAGUCCUCUACAACGAUAACCAGGAGGGUCUUCAGGUUCUCUCUAAACAAGGCAAAUGGCUAGAUGUCAAUCCUUUACCCCAUUCAUUUGUUAUCAAUGUUGGGGAUUCUCUUAAGGCUUGGAGCAAUGGGAGAUGCCACAGUUCAGGGCAUAGGGUUGUUUACAAAGGAUGGAAGCAUCGAAUAUCCGUGGCUACUGCUUUCUACUUUCCAAAUGAUUACAAGAUUUGGGCUCCAGCAAAGCUUGUGGAUGAAAACAACCCACGACUUUACAAACCUUAUAUCUUCUCUGAGUAUAGGCUAAAUUAUGGUGUUGUUAUGUUCUCCAAAGAAGCCAACCUUGUUGAGUUCCUUGAUGUGUUUGCAGGUAUAUAGUUACUUGUUUGCUUGCUUCAAAUAAAGGGUAUAACCUUUCACCUUCUCCCAUGGGUUCUGUGAUCUCUAAAGAAAUCCAAUAGAUUAGAAUCAGCAGAGGGUAAGCACUUUAAUAUAUGUAAGGUUUCUUCCAAGUACAAUACUUCCACUUGAAGUAUAUGGUAGACUUGCUCUUGCAAGCAUAGAAAUAAACAAUGCUUUGGAAUAAUAGAAGCAUAUGUUUGUUCAAUGUGGACAUUAAGAUAUUAUUAUUUGUGUUGACAUUGUCAAAGGAAAAUAAAGUACCCUUAGG